GGCUGGAAACGGCAUGGCGGGCUGCCGGCGGCUGAGCGGCGCGGGCCUGCGUGAGGUGCUGGGCCCGGCGCAGGGGCUGCUCUUCGAUUGCGACGGUGUGCUGUGGGCGGGCGAGCGGGCUGUGCCGGGCGCCCCCGAGCUGCUGGAGCGGCUGCGGCGCAGCGGCAAGGCCACGCUCUUCGUCAGCAACAACAGCCGCCGCUCCGUGGCCGAGCUGGAGCGGCGCUUCAGCCGCCUCGGCUUCCGCGGCGUCCGCGCCGAGCAGGUCUUCAGCUCCGCGCUCUGCUCCGCCCUCUUCCUCCGCCAGCGCCUCCUCGGCAGCGGCGGUGGCGACGGCGGGCCCGGCCGCGUCUUCGUGCUGGGCGGCGAGGGGCUGCGCGGCGAGGUGCGUGACGCCGGGCUGCGCCUGGCGGGCGAGGGCGAGCUGGGCUCCGGCGACGCCGAGCCCGUGCGCGCCGUCCUGGUGGGCUACGACGACCAGUUCACCUUCGCCAAGCUGGCGCAGGCCUGCGGUUACCUGCGUGACCCGCAGUGCCUCCUGGUCGCCACGGACCCCGACCCUUGGCACCCUCUCAGCGACGGCCAGCGCACCCCCGGUACAGGGAGUCUCACAGCAGCAGUGGAAACUGCCUCUGGCCGCAAGGCGAUGGUAGUGGGGAAGCCAAAUACAUACAUGUUUGAUUGCAUCGUGGAGCGUUUUGGUGUAGACCCCUCCCGCACCCUCAUGGUGGGAGACCGUCUGGAGACAGAUAUCCUCUUCGGCAAGAACUGCGGCCUCUCCACCAUCCUUACCUUGACAGGUGUCUCCCGCCUGGAAGAGGCACAGGCCUAUAUGGCUAGUGACAGCGCUGCUGCCAAGGAUCUUGUGCCCAAUUACUAUGUGGACAGCAUUGCAGACUUGAUACCAGGCCUGGAUGAGUAAUGUUUGGUACAUGUGAGGGGAAAGUGAUUGGUUUCCUCAUCCCAGAUCUCCAGCUGUUCCCGUUUCUCUCUCUCUCUCUCUCUUUCUGCCCUAUUUCCUCAAUUCCCCCCCCACACACACUUUUUUUCCCACAUUCCAGUACCCUUCUUUAGGGGCAAAGCGUGUGGGGGAAGGAGGGGACAGUGUUAUCGAUGGUAGAUAGAAUCCUUCUCUCCCUCUUAUGCCAGCUGCCAGCAUCUCUGGAAGAGAACUGGAGGCCUUGAGGUUGACAGGAACCAAAUCAGAGUUUAUUUGUGUCUUCUUCCCCUGCAGUGGAUAGGGACUGUCUGUCUUAUUUAUUUUUCUCUUACAUGACUAAUGGUGGCCUUUCACUGCUGUCCCUUCCCUUGUGUCACUGUUGACUUCUGAGCUGCAGCCCCUGCACUCUCUGUAGUAAUCCCCUCCUUGCCAGAGUAUCAGCUGUCUUGUCACCCACUCUGUUUCCAUCAGUGCCAGGGUCUGCAGAAGAAGCAUGUCAGGACUGAAGCAAUGAAUGAGAGCCUCCUACAACCACAAGUGAAAGGGAGCAUCAUCUCUUCUCUCCAUGUUCCUCAGAGAUGUUUCCCCUGACCCCAUCCUCUGCCCUGACUCAGUUUAAAACUAUACCAGUGAAAACUAUGCCAAUGUCUGUCUGAAGGACUGUAGAAAGAGAAGAAAUACUGUCCUUUUCUGUGCCAAACAAUUCAGGCAAACUGUGACUGUGCACAGUGGUUCUGUGAUUUUUAUUUUAUUUUUUUUUAAUUUUUAACCCCAGCACCCUCUCCCAAGAGGCUUGUGGAGAGGAGGGGGCUCCUAGGCCAAUAAAGCACAGCAGUGGUGAACUGUAUGACUUUCUCCUUUCCCCCUUUUAGUGGAUUUUGCCAUCAUAUGGUGAGAGAAAAGGGCUGAUGGGGGGUCUGUGCUCUAACCGCUGGUGUGCAGGUGGGGUGUUGUUGGUAUUGUCACUGCUGUGAAUGUGUCACAGCCCUCAAAAUCAUUCCUUGCUGCUUUGUCUUUCUACUUUUUUAAUUUAUUGAUCUUAUUUAUUGAACUUACUUAUUGUUCAAAUAUUGUAUUAUUUAUAUAAAUUAUGCUGACUGGUUGUGCCAAGGGGACAGGGCAGUGUCUUUGGGCUUCACUUUACUGUCCAUGUCCCAUGUUGAUGUUCUUACACUUGCCAUGUCUCUGUAUAUAAUAAAGUGUGAGCGUAGGCUGGAAA